GCCAGUUCUGAAAAAAAAAUAUUGUGGUCAACUGAAGUAGCCUUCAUUGGCGAAAUGGCUGGGAAUUGUACAUCAAUAUGAUACAUGCAUAACCCCAGUGCUGUAGAUGCUCACAGCUGUACAGAUGAAGAAAAUUGCCCUACCGAGGACAAAUCACCUUGCUAACAACCUUGACCCAUGAACCAUUGAAGUUGCUGUCAUGUUUUCUGGGGAAAAAGUUUUCUCACUGUUAAAAGAUUGUUGUUCAGGCUGUGAACCUGUAGGGAAAUGACAACCAGAAGGGCAUUCUAUUGAAGUUUGAGAUAAUGUGACAAAGAUUCAUAGAUUUGGAAAAGAGUGCAAAAUAAUAUUCAAGUGUUAGGAUACCCCAAUGAAAACAGCUGGAUCCAUAAUCAGGAAGCAGAAGCCACUGCCAAGAAAAGGCUGUCCCUCAAAACUCAGUGCUUAAAUAAUGAGAAUUAUUAGAAUAGCUACAGCGAAGCCAACAAUCACUGUGAACCUGUGGGAAUGAUUUUCAUCAAAGACUGGACAUCUUGUUAACAGAAGUGGAUGGAGGACAAUUCCGGGAAAUACUCAAAGAACCUUCUACAGUCCUAAGAAAAUGAGAUUUCAGGAGGACAAUAAUCCCAGCACCAAGUAACAUUGGAGUGGUUCAAGAAUAGAAAAGUGAAUGUCAAAGUCUUGAUCUCAUUCCCACUGAGAAUCAGUGACAACAAGCGUUGUUUAAACAAGCCGAACAACCUGGAUCAAAUCUGCUGGAGCAAAAAGGAAUGGGACAAAAUCACUUAGCCACCAUUGCAAGGCUGACAGAAAAAAGCAUAUCCACUCAAAUCUCUGUAAAAGGCCAUACAAUACCUAUGUGAACAUACAAGUGAAUAAAUUCAUUUGGAAUUCAUUAAGCGUUUCCUUUUCUUUACUCUGUAAAACCGUGUCACCCGCUCCAGAGCAAACCUUAAGCAACGUGGGAAUCGUUUAACCGAACUAAACACACCUCUGGCUACUAUGGUGAUAUUGGGAUAACGUCCAGGACCUGUUUGUCCCACACAAAUUCUUCAAAUGUACAGUACUCGGAUUCUGCAAUUCAUCAUUGAUCUUCAAGGAAACAAAUAGAAAAGGCCAAGUGACUGCAGUAUUCGCUGUUGGUUCUAAGCAGCCAAUGACUGCCAUCUUGUGGAGUUGAUGUCAGGACAUCAGACACGGAGUUGACUUGUUAACGUAUGAGAGCCCAGUAUGAAGAAGACGGGCAGGCCGGUGAUCAGUAAGGCUCAGAGUGGAGAGAGGGGGAAGACUGAGGGAGCAGCUCCCGGGACCCCAGGCAAAGCUGCAGCCAAGACCAGCUCAACAGCACCACUGUCUAAGGUUAAAAGCAAUGAUGAUCUGCUAGCAGCUAUGACAGGGGGCACUCCAGCUACAAACAGCAUUGUGACAAAGAAUAAGAGGACUGUCUCCACAGGGAUCAGCAAUGGUAACCCAGACGGUAAACCAAAGACUAGCACAGGUUCUUUGUCGAAACGGUUGACUUCAUUGACCUCCAAGGAGCCCAACUCCUCCAGGGAUCGUUUGCGAACAUCCAGAGUGUCCACUAGUAAGAAACAGUCAUUGUCCGGGGCAGUGCAGGGGGAUGCGGCCCAGGGUAAGCGCUUUCGCAGCCAGCAGGUGGCGGAGUCGGAUGGCCGCAUGAACAAGACAAAGUCAGACUGCCAAGUCAUUGACAAGGUGGCCCUGGAGGCCAAGGUGAAGGACCUACUGGGUUUGGCCAAGAGCAAAGACGUGGAGAUCCUGCACCUGCGCAGCGAGCUGAGGGACAUGAGGUCCCAACUGGGCCUGGGAGGAGAAGAGGUUCCCAAAGAAGAGGCAGGAGGAGGGCAGGAUGAGAAGCCCCUGGAGAGGGAGAUGUCUGCCAUCACAGCUGCAGACGUGGAGUCCACGCUGCGCCUCCUGCAGGAGCAGAACCAUGCCAUCCGUGAGGAGCUGAACCUGCUGAAGAGUGAGAACCGCAUGCUGAAGGACCGGCUGAACGCGCUUGGCUUCUCCCUAGAGCAAAGGCUGGAUGGCUCUGACAAACUGUUCAGCUAUUCCUCCCUGAGCCCAGACCUGGCAGCCAGUAGCGGGCACAGUGAUGGCGGGGGCACCGGUACCCUGACCUCCUCGGUGGAGGGCUCCACGCCGGGCUCCCUGGAGGACCUGCUGACAGCCCACCAGCACAGUGGUUCAGUGGACAACCUGGACAGUGAAUCCAGCGAGGUCUAUCAGGGCGUCACCUCAAGCGAUGACGCGCUGGACGCCCCCUCCGGAGCCUCCUCGUCCUCGGAGUCCGAGAGCGUGCCCAGCCGGGAGCGCUCGCGCCGGGGCAGCAGCGGCAACGCCAGCGAGGUGUCCGUGGCCUGCCUGACGGAGCGCAUCCACCAGAUGGAGGAGAACCAGCACAGCACGGCCGAGGAGCUGCAGGCCACGCUGCAGGAGCUGGCCGACCUGCAGCAGAUCACCCAGGAGCUGAACGGCGAGAACGAGAGGCUGGGGGAGGAGAAGGUCAUUCUCAUGGACUCCCUGUGCCAGCAGAGCGACAAGCUGGAGCACUACGGUCGGCGGAUCGAGUACUUCCGCUCGCUGCUGGACGAUCACCACGUGUCCUACGUCCUGGAGGAGGACGUCAGAAGCGGACGCUACAUGGAGUUGGAGCAGCGCUACAUGGACCUGGCCGACAACGCUCGCUUCGACAGGGAACAGCUGCUGGGCGUCCAGCAGCACCUGAGCAACACGCUGAAGAUGGCGGAGCAGGACAACGCGGAGGCCCAGGAGGUGAUCGGGGCUCUAAAGGAGAGGAACCACCACAUGGAGCGCAUCAUGGAGUCUGAGAGGCAUGAGCGAGGGGCCAUGGUGGCUGCGCUGGAGGAGUACAAGGCGGCGGUGAGCAGUGACCAGGCGGAGCUGGGUCGUUGCCGGGCCCAGCUGGACCAAGAAAGGCAGAAGGUGGCCGAGCUCUACUCCGUGCACAACUCCGGAGACAAGAGUGACAUCUGCAGGCUGCUGGAGGGAGUUCGGCUGGACAAGGAGGAGGCCGAGGGCAGGGCUGCCAAGCUGCAGGAGGACCUGGGUCACGCCCGGAGCGAUGUCACCAGGCUGCAGGACACCCUUGCUAAGCUGGAUGGGGAGUACCGGGAUUUUCAGGAGCAGGUGCAGAAACAGAUGGCAGAGCAGAAGCGUGGGCUGGAGAAACAGCGGGUGGAGCUGCAGGAGAAGGAGACCGAGAUUGGGGACAUGAAAGAGACCAUCUUUGAGCUGGAGGACGAGGUGGAGCAGCACCGUGCUGUCAAACUCCAUGACAACCUCAUCAUCACAGACCUGGAAAACUCUGUGAAGAAGCUUCAGGACCAGAAGCAUGACAUGGAGCGGGAGAUCAAGAUUCUCCACCGGAGACUGAGGGAGGAGUCGGCGGAGUGGCGCCAGUUCCAGGCUGAUCUCCAGACGGCUGUGGUCAUCGCUAAUGACAUCAAGUCAGAAGCACAGGAGGAGAUUGGGGAUAUGCGGCACCGUCUCCGCGAAGCCCAGGAGAAAAAUGAGAAGCUGGGCAAGGAGCUAGAUGAAGUCAAGAACCGCAAGCAGGACGAGGAGAGGGGCAGGGUUUAUAACUACAUGAAUGCCGUGGAGAGGGACCUGGCAGCGCUGAGGCAGGGUAUGGGCCUGAGCCGUCGCUCCUCCACCUCCUCCGAGCCCUCUCCCACGGUCAAAACCCUCAUCAAGAGCUUCGACAACGCCUCCACGCAAGGUGCCUCAACCUGCGAGUGCCCAGUUCCCCCGACCGGGCCCCCCGCUGUUCCCACAGCCCCCCCUGCCACUUUGCCACGCACCCCCCUCAGCCCCAGCCCCAUGAAGACCCCCCCUGCAGCCGCCAUCUCACCCAUACAGAGACACUCUAUAAGUGGGUCCAUUUCUGCACCCAAACCCCACUCCUCUCUGAAUGACAAGAGAUCCAGCUACACAGACAUCAGCAUGCCAGCAGACCAUCUCCUGAGGAGCUCCUCGGCCAGCCGCCCUGCCUCGGCCCUCCAGAGGGUCUCCAGCGUGGAGUCAUCUAAGGCCAUGGCCAUCUCCGGUAUAACAUCUCAUGGGACAGGAAUACGCCUGGAAAAUAAGCCUGAAUUAUUCAAAAGGGUUGCCAUGUCCCGCAGGAGCAGUGAGGAGAUGAAGAGGGACGUUGCUUCCCCGGACUGUGGCUCUUCCUCCCUGAUGGCCAUUGGCUCUGCUUCCUCUAUGUCGUCUUCAUCCCCAACCGCCUCCGUCACCCCCACUGCCUCCGUCACCCCCACGGCACGAAGCCGCCUCCGAGAGGAGCGGAAAGACCCCCUCUCCGCAUUGGCCCGGGAGUAUGGGGGCUCCAAAAGGAACGCGCUGCUCAAGUGGUGCCAGAAGAAGACUGAGGGGUAUCAGAACAUCGACAUAACCAACUUCAGCAGCAGCUGGAAUGAUGGCCUUGCAUUCUGUGCUGUGCUUCACACUUACCUGCCAGCCCAUAUCCCCUACCUGGAGCUGUCUAGCCAGGACAAGAGGCGAAAUUUCACUUUAGCUUUCCAGGCUGCAGAGAGUGUGGGGAUCAAGUCCACACUGGACCUUAAUGAGAUGGCCAGUACUGAGAGACCAGACUGGCAAAGUGUGAUGACCUAUGUCACAGCCAUCUACAAGUACUUUGAGACCUGAUGUGACUUCACCACCCAACAUGGCGAACACAACCUGCACCACAGACCUGCAGUGCCUCUGACCUCACUGUACCUCUAAUACUACAACUCCGAUGUUCCACUCUGCUGAAUGACCCUUCACCCUGGCACCCAGCCAUGCCGCACGCCACUCUGUCCAGAUGCCUGCUAGUUUUACAUCUUCAUGAGAAACAUACAAAUAAGCUCACUGGCUUCUUAAAGCUAUUUAUAUUACUAUAAUGAAUAGACUGGCCUUCACUGAAACGUUAAGUGUGGUGGACACAGUCGCAGUGUGUUUCAAGACCCCGUUAAAGUUCUGCUCUGUUUCAGGAUUUUAGGAUUCAUUCUAGUCCAUUACAGAAUAACCCAGUUCAGAUGCCCCUCAAUCCAAAUGAUCUGGUUAAAGCAAUAUAAUCGGGUCUGCAUUGAGAACCUCUGUAUCCCCUAGUUCUCCCCUUUUAUUUCUAGUUUGGUAACAUAAUACAGACUGUCCCCACUUUUGCGACUUAUUUUUCUAACCUUGAGGUUAUUCCUUGUUUCAGCCAAAUCAUAACCAGUAUGUUAACUCCAGUAAUCAUAGCACACAUUUGGCUUGUGAAAUUAGACAAGUUAAUUGUUCUGCUGAGCAGGGUAACACUCAGUCCUGUACAGGUGACUCUCUUCGUGUUGCAAUCUCUAUGCUGGAGGCUAAGAAACAGUUGGAGCAGAAAUUGCCCAAUUAAAUAAGUUCGAUGCACCAAGCUUCAAAAUGUCCUUUGGAGGAAUUUAAGUUUUAAGAAGAAACUAAUGAUUCAGCAGUUAUUUGAAGUAGCUACAUUAGAAGUUAUAAUUCUGCCAGGUGCCCUCUUCAGCUGUCGGAUUUAAGCUAUUGUUUUGUCCUUUUUGAUUUUGUUGGAGGUGGACUGAACAUUGCUACAGUGGCAUUUUGAAUUGCUAAUGAAGACCAAUGGACUAUAAAGGACCAGCAGAAUGCCUCCCUGUGAUGUCUUUCUUACAUGGAACUGUCUGGCUAAAGUGAGCUAUUUCUGUCAAGUCAAGGGCUAGACUGGUCAAAGUCCUGCCUCUUGGUGAAUUGAAUAUGCUGAAAGGAUGUUUGGCCGCUGUGUUGAGUCUCAGGGUUGGACAUUCUUCAUAAUCCGUUAUUGUUAAGUUUGGUGCGCUACUCGACUCUGUGCUCCACUCAGUGCUUUAAGUUAUUGCGUAUGGGUGUGACUGUGUAUGUAAAUGAACUUUAUAACUUGAAUAUUCCCUCUUGCAACAGUAGUAACAUUUUUCUAGCCUAUUAAUGUUUUGAUACAAGGCAGGUGUCAAAAUCAAUUUGCACAGCAGCUACAAGCAAUGCACAAAUAACCGUAGCUAAUUUAAUAUAUUUGAGCAUCCCAAUUUACCUUUCAGUCCAAUGUGGUUUAUAUAGUCUCCAAUAAUUUUUUCUUUAUGAAAAAUGACAUGUUAUUGUGCCUGUUCUUAUUUCAGUUUGUGUGUGUAUUGACAUGGUUUUAACAGACCAUCUAGUAAAGCGAGGCAAGUGUAGGUUAAGAUAAAGUGUUACUGGUGAAUCUAUGACUUUUCAUUAUACUGCUGCACUGAUUUCUGUUAUAAGCUCAUAACUUCAGCUGACCAGUUGCCUUUCCUUUUGCAUCAGCAUCCCUUCUGUAUCAUUUCUGAACAACAUGUAAUGGAGACUGAUUACCAUUUAAGCUGCCUUAUAUCUAGUAUCUAACACAUGCAUUGUUCCCAUUUGAAGCUCUUAAGGUAGUUACUUAUUGAAUAAUCCAAAGCACAUUCACACCUGUCUGCUUACCAAGCUAACUUCUCACCAGCUGUGCAGUUUUGGGGCUCAAAGAGCACAAUUUGGAGUAAAAGUGCCAUUUCUGUUUGUUUGUGUUGGUCAGUGUGGUGGGAGAUUGGGGCUGGAGGUUGUUUGGUAGUCGGUUGUAUGAUUGAACACUAAUUUGUGCCAGGUGUUACUAUCAUUGUCAUGUACAGUAUUUACUAUUGAAA